UUCAUUUAUUUUUUAUUUAUUUUUUCUUUCAGCUCAGGGCGGCGAUGAAGGCUUCUGCUACACAAAAACCUAUGUGGCGCCCAGGGUAUUAUAUAAGCUCUCGGCAGGAGGGGAGAUAGUCCGGUCUGCGCGCUUCAGCCGCCGCAGUGGCAGCAGCCACAGCUCAGCAGCGGGAGCAGCUCAGGUUGAUUUAGAACGCGGGUGACAGUGGCCUGGCGCGAGCGUACGGCUGACGACAGCGGCUGAGCCCGCUCGGUUUCCAUGGAGACGGGCAGGAGCCGCGGCGGCGGCGCGGCUGUCAGCGAGCGCGGCGGCGCGCGCGCGGGGGUCUGCAGGAGGCAGGAGCAGGCCGGGGCCCUCGCCGCAGACAUGGACUCGCAUUGUGAGUGCGCCGCGGAGACGCCCGCCGCAGAGCCGCCGUCGGGGAAGAUCAACAAGGCUGCGUUCAAGUUAUUCAAGAAGAGGAAAUCGGGGGGCACCAUGCCCAGCAUUUUUGGGGUCAAAAACAAAGGGGAUGGGAAGAGCGCGGGGCCGGCGGGCAUGGUGAGAAGCAGGACCCACGACGGACUAGCCGAGGUGCUGGUGCUGGAGGGCAGCAAGAAGGAGGAGCCGCCCGGCGGGGGCGAUCACGGCGGGGCCCGGCCGAGCACCGUGCCCCCCAAAGCCGCCGGGCCUGGCCUGGGCUCCCUGGCCAGCAGCUCGGUAGCCAAGUCGCACAGCUUCUUCUCCCUGCUCAAAAAGAACGGGCGAUCCGAGACCGGCAAGGGAGACCCCGCCGAGGCGAGCAAGGCUGGCGGCAAACAAAAGAGGGGACUGAAAGGGAUCUUCAGCAGCAUGCGCUGGCACCGGAGGGACAAGCGCGGCAAGGAGGAGGAGGAGAAGGCGGCGCGCGCGGCGGGCCCGGGAAGCCUGGUCCUGCCCGGCUCGCUCACCGCCAGCCUGGAGUGCGUCAAGGAGGAGCCGCCCCGAGCCGCGCGCCGCCCGGACAGCUCGGGCCAGGACGCCCCGCGACACGCAGCAGGUGAGCCCGCAGGGGGAGAGCAGGCGCGCGCAUCUGCCGAGCGCGUCCCGGCGCGGACCUGCCUCGAGGCCGCGAGCCCCUCCGGCCCUGGCGACCAGAGCGCCCGGGGAGAGGACGCCGAGGGGCAUCGGCGCGCGGAGAAGCCCGGGGCAGCCCUCGAGUCGGGAGCCGGUGAGGUCCAGGAGGCCGAGGAUGCGUCCAGGACAGGUGACGUUCCGAUAAAGACCGUCCCCCUUGUCGACUCCGAAGGUGGCAGCGGCCGGGCGUCUGCCGUCCCUGACCCUUCCUCUGUUGAUCCACCCUCAGACCCGUCGGCAGAUCGUAUUUGUUUGAUGUUUUCUGACGUGACUUCACUGAAAAGCUUUGACUCUCUUACAGGCUGUGGAGAUAUUAUUGCAGACCCAGAAGAAGAGGCAGGCCCCAGCUGUGACAAGCAUGCCCCCGGGCCAGGCAAGCCAGUUCUCUCUAAAAAGAACCCCAGCGUGGUGGCCUACCAAGGAGGAGGGGAGGAGAUGGCCAGCCCGGACGAGGUGGACGACACCUAUCUCCCGGAAUUCUGGGACAUGUUGUCCCAGAGUGAGGACCAAGGACAAGGACCCCAAGAGGGCGCGGCGAAGGCCGCCACCGCCUUGGACACCAAGCUGGCCCCUGAGACCUCCGCUGAUGCCCGGUGUGGGGAGGUGGACAAGGAUGUGUCCUCGGUCAAGCGCAGGAGGCUCCACAGGAUCCCCAUGGAGUCCCAGCAGAAGGAGGAGCCCAAACAGCCAGAGAAGGAGCAUCAAGAAGGCGGCGUCCCUAACAGCGACGAGGGCUACUGGGAUUCCAACACUCCUGGCCCAGAAGAAGAGAGUGCCAGCAGCAGCAAGAAGGUGGCCAUUGCUAGGGACAGCGACAGCGGCGAUGCUCUCUACGACCUUUAUGCGGAACCCGAAGGAAGUCCAGCCCCUCUUCCUGCCACGGAGGACCCCCCCUGCUUGUCCCGGCUAAAGCCCGUGUCUCCAGGCACCAUCACCUGUCCUCUGAGAACACCAGGCAGCUUGCUGAAGGACUCUAAAAUCCCGAUUAGCAUCAAGCAUCUCUCCAACAUUCCGUCCAGCCAUCCUGUGGUGCACCAGCAACCAGCCAGGAGUGAGAUGCCCAGAACAAAAAUCCCUGUUUCCAAAGUGCUGGUCCGGAGGGUCAGCAACCGGGGCUUGGCUGGAACCACCAUCAGGGCAGCAGCAUGCCAUGACAGUGCCAAAAAGUUGUGAGGUCUCCAAGGCCAAGGAGGAUGGAUGGGCCAUAUGUUAAGGAAUACAACUUUCCCCUGGAAACCAAUGAAGGAAGUUUGUUUUCCCCAAAGCCAAGACUUAGACCCACCCUUCUCCAUAUGGCCUAGAAGUCUUUGUUGCAGGCAGGGGCAGGACAGCCCGCAAAUGUUACACCUGGAGUUCAGAUAAGUUUCUGAGAAGUCUUUUCUAGCACUUUCCUUUUUCUUUUAACCUUUAAAAAAAAAAUCUUUUCCCCCUUAAAUCACGGAUCACUCAGAAGUCACCUUUUCUUGCCUUUGCAGAAAAUAAGAUUCAACCAGAUCUAAUUAACAAACAAACAAACAAACAAACAAAUAACACCAAGCUACCAGGCUUUUUUAGAGUCAGGAGGGCCUUGAGGAAUCACUAAACAACAGGAUUCUUGCCUCUCUUUCCAAUAAAAAUAAACGGGGAGGGGUGACUUUGCUUUAUCCUUAUGUGGAAAACACCUGAAAAGCUCAAAGAUCCAUGUAGCUAUGUGAUGAGUCGAAGGGACUGCUGAUUGGUAGAAAGUCCCUCGGCUUCCGGUUGCCAGAUAUGCAAAUAGGUAAAGCUCUAUCUCUAGAAAACAGAGAAGGUUUGGCUGGUUCAGAUCAUUUGUCUGAGGAGAAAUAAAAAGCUCACUAGUAGUUUAUGUGUUUUUGUUUGUUUGUUUGUGUAUUUUUGGAUCCACCCCUCCCUCUCGGUGCAAAAUUCAGGAUCAAGGAAAGAUCUCACUAAAUGCUAAUUAUACGGUAUUUUGAUGUUUGUAAAUGUCAGCCUUCUUCUGUGUCGCUAAAGCAUAUUUUACAGUUUAUCUCAUGGCUAACAUUUUACAGCCCGUCAAUUAUAUAGAAUUUAAAGUCCAGUCUUAUAGCUGGAUAUGAUAAUAAAUCAUUGAGGUUCUUUAUGUACCGUAGCCUGGGGCAGUGCAGCUUUUGAUUUAUUAGGGUUUUUUUACACACACACAAACACAAACACAAUACAAAUGUAUUGUAUUAUAUACAUAUAUGUAUAGGAUUGAUGCCCUUGAACAAUGGUUUGCUUGGUCUUGGUUAAGAGUCUGUUUCUCAGCCCAAACCAGAGAUUUUUACCUGGUUUAUAAAAUGUUGGAUCCAACCAUUUCCCCAAAUAUAGGAAGUCCAAAAUGAACAUUCCAAGAAAUAAUAGAAAAAUACAAGUUUAAAACUAUUGACUUUUGCUAUAUAAACCUAUUCCUGAGACAAGUAUGUUCUUCACAUGAUACUACCAAGCCUAAGUGUGUAAACAUUCUACUAAAUUAUCUUUUGAGAAGCAGUUUGGUUCGAUAUAUGCUUUCUAAUAUUUCAGAUGAAAGGUUGAUGCCUUGGCAGUUUGAAUGACACAGUGAAGGGCUUCCUAGAAUGCUAUUAGUGUCUGCUGAUUAAACUGAUAUCCUUCUGGGGAUAUGCACUUCAGAGCAUCUCAGAGGGCCGGAGCUUCUACCAGAGGUGCUGCCGCCCACCAGGGAGAUGGCACAGAUCCCAGGGACCCUGCAUGUGUGUGAAUGAUAUGAGCACAGUGUAAUUUGAGUUCUAGAGAGAUGACUAAGAAAUGGUCUGCUAUUUUGUGUUUUAAGAUUUUAGUUAUAUUUUAUAAAAGAAAAAAAGAAGCUAAAUAUAUGAAAAACUUAUUUUAAUAGUACGAAGGAAGCAAAAAUAAGUGGGCAUCGAGGAAAAGUUGAUAAGGCAUAGAGGAGUGUUUCCGUUUGUGAUUUGUAGCUAUUCCCUCAGAGGAGGGGCCCUGCUGCAUACCUUAGUUGGUCAGGUUGCUGACUUUUACUGCAUUGUCUCAGGUCCUUGAUGCUAUCUCAAAGCAAUGCUUUAAAUUUUAAUUUCCCAUGUCUCUAGAUGAGACCCUCUCUGUCCUCAUCACCCUAAGCACUCUGGACUCAUUAUCAGAAACCGCCCAAGCAUCUCACAUGCUCAGGAAUUCAUCUGGACAAAAAACAACAGACAAAAGACAUCUCAAAAUACUUGAGAUUUGGCAAUAUUUUGAAAAUCAUCUCUGCCCUUGAGAAGAGACUUUAAAUUUGAAUAAUAUUGAUAGAAAUAUUUAGACCCUCAAAUGCAGUUUCUUUCCCCCUAGAACUGGAGAGAAUAUAGAUUUUGCUUCUAGCAGGAAACAAAGGAGCUUUUUUUUUCCUUGUGCUUUUCCCUGCAGAGAUUAUAUUUAUUCACCUUUGCAUGACUUCGUGGCUGGGUUUCGUCUGCUCCUGCUCAGCUGUGUAGGAAAGGCAGCAAAGGAAGAAUGGGGUCAGACACUGUCAGAGGAAUGGCAGCUGGCUACUGAAGUAGCAGGAGCCACUCUUCCAAAUGCUCUGCCUUCACCCACUAUGCCAUCCUCUCUUUGUGAGUGAAGAAAAAUUUUAGCAAGAUUUACUUUAAUUUUCCCUGGAAACUAAUCACCCACAAAAGACUUACAAAGGUUUUGCUUACAAAAUUCUUGUCACCACACUUUUUUUUUUCCUGAUUUUUAUCUUUUACCCUGAACAUGUAAGAACAGCAGCCAUUCCAGUCAAGUAAAGGACUUGGCCAGGAAUUAAAUGUCCUUAGUCAUUAGCAAGUGGGACAAUAGUCAGCCUUCUCCAAACACAGAAAAGGGAUCAGAGUUGCUUUCUUGUGCCAAGGGUUACUUUAUCUUCAAUGCAAGACAUUUCUAGAUUUGCAGGCAACUGUUUAUGAAUCUGUUAUUGAAUAGUCUGGUGAGGACUGCACAGAACUUUUGCUGGUUUCUUUUGUUUUGUUUUGUUUUGUUUUGUUUUUUAGAUAAAGGUCGGACAUGAACAAAUUAUGCUUUCUUGGUAUGUACAGUUCUAAGGUCCAUUGGUUUGGCACCCUUGGGGCAAAGAACUGCCUAAAAGGAAAGGAGGAAAGGGCAAAAAGCCAAAGCCAUUGCUGGGAAAAAUUUGUCAGUUUAAUGGCUCUGCACAAAGACAACCUGUAUUUGAGAUAUCUACAACACCACACACACACACACACACACACACACACACACACACACACACUCAACUUAAAGCCAAUCUAGCCCUGCUUUGAUUCUGCCGGCAGUGGGGCUUAUUCUCCUUCACCAAGAAGUGGGAGACAUUUCUGUUUACUACAGCAUUUCAAAUAAUCACAAGAGGAAAUACAUUUUUAUUACUUCAUGUAAUAGUAAUGGAAUACAGAUCAUCAGGACUUUCUUGAGAUGCAUUUUGCACAAACGUCUGCCUACUGACAUGCAAAUAUACAUUCCUUGUGUAACCUGUGCAGACGAUGUCUUGCACAUUUUUCAUUCAUUGAAAUUAAUAUGCAAGGAGCCCCUUGCUGAUUCAUUUGUCAAGGUCAAAAGUCUCUGUCAGCUGUUAUGAUUUCUCUGACCAAACUUUCUAAGAGUUUUCAUUGCUGCCAUCUCUCUGGUCUACUUGGGGAAGCUCCUCACCGAGAGGAUUAUCAGAAGAGGUUGACUCACGUGGCUUUAUCUCUCCCUUUGUUUUCAGCAUAGUUGUUCCCCAUGUUGUUGGCCUUCUGGAUUGUGUUAAUAUGCUUUGCUGCUUCCUUGCUUCCAAGUCAUUGCAGAUUGUCUGCCUUGUACUGGGAGUGUGAGGCCUUGGCUCACCUCCACUGAGACAUCUUCUUAAACACUUGUUUCCAGGGCAUGUACUGUAUCUACUACUUAAUUUUAAAAAAUCCAGUUGGGGGCUUACAUGUUGCUGUGCUGCCAUUGGAUUUUCCCAGUGUUCAUUAAACCCAUGUCCCCUUUGCAUGUCUUGCAUUUGUGUGCAUCACUUAUAGUUUGCACGUUGGAGCAGACUGGGGGUGGGGGAGUAAAUCAAGCCACACAGGUGCUUCUAAAACUUCUGACAGUAGCCAACGCUGGCUCAGCUCUCCUGGGCAAGGGUUGCUGGAAACACUAUUGAGAGUUUCUCCUUCCUCUUCACAGCCAUAUGAGGUGAAACUGUCUCCCUGGUAGGACUUGAAUUCAGAUUUCUUGUUCCUUUUGACCCUUUCACUGCACUCUCUCUCUCUCUCUCUCUGCACUUCCCUCUUUCCUUAGUCUCUAGGGGUAGGCUAUAAACUGUUUAAUGUUCUGGGGUAACACAGAGCUAAAAGCUGCUGAAACCAUUGGCCUCACUUCACUUCUAACAGGAAAAGCCAACUCACUUCCAAACUGAUAAAAUGAGCCUUGUGUCUGAGACAUUGGUGCUUGGGUCACACACAGGAAAACCUGCAGCUCCCUGUUCCUUUGUGGGCCAUACGCAAACAAUUGGCUUCCUCCUCUUUGGAGCACCCUCUCCUUCUAGAGAUUAACAAGGAAAGUACAGACAGAAGUCUCUUCUGUUGUCAUGGCAACACUUCUUCCCUGAAAGGAUUUUGCCCAUUCCAGGCACGCUUCACUUGUUUUCCUACCUUAAGCCUAGACUAGUCUUGUUCUGAGUAUUCUGUGUAUUUUCAUUGUAGUAAGAACAUUCAGCAUGAAGUCUGCCCUCUUCAAUUUGUACAUGUACGACACAGUUCACACAGCUGUAGGCACACUGCUGAUGGCGUGAAUUCAUGCAGCCUGAAUAACGGGCACUUGAUUGCUCACUGAUCAGCAGCUCCCUGUGCUCCCUUCCAACCCUGACAACCACCAUUCUGUAGACUGUUUUAGAUACCUCAGAAACGGUGGGACCUGGUAGAUUUUGUGCUUUUAUGACUUGCGCAUUUACCUGAGCAUAGCACCCCCAGGGGCAACAUCCACCUUGUCAUGUAUUUAGUCCUCCCUUUCUGGCUGCCAAUUUCAUUGUGCCACACAUAUACCGCAUUUUAUUCGUCUAGCCACCUGUCAACAGACAUGAUACUGUGAAUAAUGCCCCAGUGUGCAUGAGACUAGAAAAAGCUUUUCGAGAUUCCGACCUCAAGGCCUUUGAUAUAAAUACCCCGAAGCAGAAUUGCUGGGCCAUACAGGAAUUUUAUUUCUGAAGCCUUUGAGGACCGUUUAUACUGUUUCCCACUGCAGAUGCGCCAUUUUGCACCCCUUACAGCAGUUCACAUGGGCCCAGUUUCCCCACCAUCAACUUUGGUCUGUUGUCUGCCUAAACAGGGAGCAGCUGAGUUGUCCUUGUCCUGGUCCAACUCUGAAUCCCAGAUGCAAGUAUCUUCCUUGUAAGCCAUCCAUCCUCAGUGGCCCUGGGAUCUCGAUUUACCUUUUCCGUUUCAUUAACUCACUCAACUGAUGUUUACUGAGCACAUCCUAUCAUUUCCUGGCUAAUUCAGCUAGCCUCCACAGGCUGUGUUUUCUGCAGUGUUUAGAGAUGAAGCAAAACACUUGUUGUCCAGUGUUAUCUUCAUAGCUCACAAGAAGCAUGCCCGGUUUGUUUUGGCUUCAUUUUCCAGAGGAAGAAACUAAUUCUUGAGAUGGUUGCAGAUCAUUGAGGCCCGAGUCACUCUGUGAAUAACGGGGGCAGAGUUUGAACCUGACUCCGAAACCCAGGCUUUAAUUGGAGAUUUGCUUUUGUUUUUUUCAGCCAACACUCACCUUUUGAAUUAAUCAUUUAAAGCAAGAAACCAACUGAAGUUCCCAACUAUAAGAAUCAAACUCCAUUUUUAUGAUGGUAGAUGCCAUUUAAAUGAUGAUUUCAAGUAAAACAACUUGGUUUUUAAAUAGCCAUCAACAGCUUUCAUUAAAAAAAAAAUCUGCAUUACAAGUCUAAAAGGUUAAACAAGCCAGCUUUUUUUCCUAGCUAGGCUGGUUAAAAUUUGGGGCCAUAUCCUCCAGUUCUUUAGAUUGUACUUAUGAACUGUAUAAUCUUAUCUCUGUUUUGCCAAUAAUAUAGCCAGAAAAGCAAUUUCAGUGGGGAAUCCAUUAGGCUUUGCUGUGGUUUCCUUUCUCUUUGAUCCCAGUGAGAAGCUUUUCUCAGUAUUUAGGGAAAAUCAGUUCGAAACUGCAUCAGUGUCACAACUAAUGAGAUUAUUUUGUUCGUACACAUGCCACCCACCUUUGGUCAACUUGUCCCCUGCCUCUGUGUAGUAAUGGCACACAGUGGGCGAAUCAAUGCGAGCUCUUACCCCUUUGGACUGUAGGCCAGCAGAUGUUGGGGGGGGGGUUAAUAAUGAACUUUCUCCUCUAUACAAGAACACAUAUUUCUAAUGCAGCCUUGGUUCCUGGUUCUUGAGAUGCACUCAGACAUCUUCAAAUCUGGGUCACUUAAACGAAAGUAGAAAUACUAGAAACACAUUUGGCCCAGGGGCCCAGGGGCAUGGUGGGUGAACACAGCACUGUCACAUAGGUAGAAUUAACCAAUGCUCCUAACUCCUAAUUGAGAACUACCGAACAGUGCCGUCGCUUCCAGAAUAAACUUUUAGCCGAGCUGAUCUGAUUAAUAGUGGUGGAUUUAAGAAGAUAGCAGUGAAAAUGGCUCUGACUUGUAACCCCGUGGGUUUUGUUUGUCAUCAGCGACCCACUAGCCUCUGGUGAACGCCUGUCUGAUUCCCAUACAGCAUCUCAGUGCAUAGAAGGAAGUGCAGGUUCUUCAGCAGCAGUGACUAAGGAAAGCCAAGCAGAAACUCCACUUCUCUAGCAGUCUUCCUGACAGGAGAGCCUCUGAGGACAGGGCGUGGCUGCAUCGUUUCUGUGCACAGGAGAAUUGUUAGUAACUGGUAGGUUUGUAGAUAUUAUUUUUAUACUAGAAUGUUAAUCUCCUGAAAAACAUCAAACAUUAGCCUCCUAGAGUGAACUCUAUGCUUUCCAAACCUACUUCAAAGAAGGGUUCUAAACACCACUACGGUCCUUUUUCCUUCACCACUCCAAUGGUCUAAUGGAAUAGAUGAAUCAAUGUUUAUAUUUUUAAACCUGUAAAUAUUUUUAUUUUGAAUAUUUUGUAUAUUUGUUGAUAUAAUUCCAUUUUGUGCAUAUGUACUACUGUGCAUGCUGCUGGUUUUGAUAGUCACUCUUUUAACAAAUGUAAACAGGUUGAACUAAUGGGCUCUCUUUCAUUCAUCUUACAAUGAAAAUACAAUGUUGCCAUUUUAACUAUUGUGUUUAAAUUUGGUCAAUAAAUUCUGUUGCUCCUUUGCA